CUUUAUGAUGGGUAUGUUGGUGAGAAAAAUGCCAGCACCUACUUGAUAGUUAAAAUAAAACAUAUCGAUUUUGAGCAGCACACACACAACCACUGUCUUCUCUGUUAUUCAACUAUUUUUUAGGCGUUUUUUUUGGACCCAUUCCCAUCGGCCCUGACCUGUACUCACCGCCGGUAGGACGAGCGACGAGAACCAAGGACACCCUUUCUCUAACUGCCUUCGACGUCACAGGAUCCGGUUUCCCCAACACGGAAACGUGAUGUGGGCGAAGUCGUUUUUGUCGUUACUGCUGCCUGCAGUCGUUAUUGUAGUGAUGGCACGAUCUCUCCUCUACUCCAAUCCAUAACUAACCGUUAAAAAAAAAAACACGUCGAUCUGUAGAAGACCUAGACAUGUUGGACAAACGAAGGGCCGUCGCUGUGUGACCCAAUGGACGGACCGCUGUAGAAGUUUACCGAUAGUUCGACCUCUGUUUCUUGUGUAGCUAACACGUUUUAUUUCUGUUGAUCGAGAGUCCCGUUCGUAGGUCUAGAAGCAUGGCGAAGUUAGCACUCUGUCUCCCGAUGUUGUUGUUGCUGCUGCUGGCUUGGAAAGGAAGCGACUUACAGGUGAAGUCAGUGGGUGUAACUCUACCAGAGUCUCUACUGUUUGUUUCUACUCUGGACGGGAGUCUACACGCUGUCUCCAAGCAGUCUGGAGACAUCAAAUGGACGCUCAAAGAAGAUCCCAUCAUCCAGGUGCCUGUCUACCUUACUGAGCCAGGGUUUCUCCCGGACCCCAACGAUGGCAGUCUCUACGUCCUGGGAGGAAAACACAAGGAAGGACUGAUGAAACUGCCCUUCACCAUCCCAGAGCUGGUCCAGUCUGCUCCCUGUAGGAGUUCUGAUGGAAUGCUCUACACUGGUAAGAAGCAGGAUGUAUGGUUCGUGGUGGACCCCCAGACAGGAGAGAAACAGACCAGUCUAUCCACAUCCUCAUCUGACUCCAUCUGCCCCAACGCACCUCUGUUAUACAUAGGACGUACAGAGUACAUGAUAACUAUGUAUGAUACGAAGACACAGGAGCUGAGGUGGAACGCCACGUACAACGACUACUCUGCCCCGCCUUACGAUGAGAAACAAAACUACAAGAUGGCCCAUCUUGUUUCCAGUGGUGAUGGGUUGGUGGUCACCGUGGACAGAGAGUCAGGUGACGUCCUGUGGAGUCAGAACUAUGGGUCGCCUGUGGUGGGUGUGUACCUGUACAGCCAGGACUCUCUGAGACACGCCCCUCACCUGUCGGUUGCCAUGGAGACGCUGCGCUACCUCACCUUCUCGUCCCACGACACACACACACACACCAUGAAGUGGAGCUACCAGUUUGUCACGGAGCAGGCCAGCACACACACACAGCUGGUGCCCACUCUGUACGUCGGGAAGCUGGACUCUCAUCUUUAUGCCUCCACCUCUCUGGUUCACGACGGAGUCUCUUUAGUGCCGCGGGGCUUGACGCUGGCGCGUAUCGAGGGACCUGAGACAGAGGAGGUGACGGUGAGAGAGAAAGGAGAGUGUGAGAUCACCCCGUCUACCGAUGUCCGAUACCCGCCAGGCUCCACCAACACACUGAACAACCAGUGGCUGCUCAUAGGACAUCAUGAGUUACCCCCGGUAGCCCACACCACCAUGUUGAGAGACUUCCCGGUAAACCUGCAGCGUUCCGGUGAUGCCGUGAUCCCGACCCGGUCUCAGAACCACCGCUAUACAGACCAUCCUUUCCAGUCAGUAGGUCAUGGUGGUGGGGGCCGUGGAGGUGGAGGGGGUCGUGGUUUGGGUCCUAGCGGCAGCAGAAGGAUCCUAGCAGGCUCAGGAUCAAAGUCAGGGUUGUCCUCUGUCCUGCCUGACUAUAUAUACCAGGACCCUGUUACCGUGGUGAUACUGUCUCUACUGCUGGGAGGAUGGCUUGCCUUCGCUCUGACUUAUCCACAGGUGAGUACUACAGGACAGGGUGGGAUGGGAGUCAGGGUUGUCCUCUGUCCUGACAGGGUGGGAUGGGAGUCAGGGUUGUCCUCUGUCCUGCCUGACUAUAUAUACCAGGACCCUGUUACCAUGGUGAUACUGUCUCUACUGCUGGGAGGAUGGCUUGCCUUCGCUCUGACUUAUCCACAGGUGAGUACUACAGGACAGGGUGGGAUGGGAGUCAGGGUUGUCCUCUUACUACAGGACAGGGUGGGAUGGGAGUCAGGGUUGUCCUCUGUCCUGCCUGACUAUAUAUACCAGGACCCUGUUACCGUGGUGAUACUGUCUCUACUGCUGGGAGGAGGAUGGCUUGCCUUCGCUCUGACUUAUCCACAGCGUGUGACCCAGCAGAAGGACCAGAGGCAGCAGUUGGAAGAAGCUCUGGAAUUCCGCCUCCAACACCUGACUGACACGCCCCCUUCUGCAGACACAUCCCCUCCUCCACCAGACACUCCCCUUUCUCCAGACACUCCCCCUUCUGGAGCCCAGCCCCAGUCUGCAGACUCACAGCCGUCCUCUGUGGACCCUCCUCUCUCUGGUUCCCCUGGUAACAGUAGUGACGCUGUAGCCAGGAUCGGAUCCACUGUGACACGACACACACAGGAUGGAGGUAUAGAGGAGGUGGAGGUGGGGAAGAUCUCAUUCUUUCCAUCGGAGGUUCUGGGACAUGGAACAGAGGGCACCUUCGUCUUCCGGGGUCGUUUUGACGGCCGUCGCGUGGCGGUGAAGCGGAUCCUUCCAGAGUGUUUUGACGUGGCAGAGCGAGAGGUCCAGCUGCUCCGGGAGUCGGACCAACAUCCUAACGUCAUCAGAUACUACUGCACUGAGAGAGACAAACUGUUCAUCUACAUCGCUAUAGAACUCUGUGCUGCUACGCUACAACAGUAUGUGGAGGAUCCGUCGUGCCACGCUGGUCUCAGGCCUGUUACCGUCCUACAGCAGACCAUGUGUGGUCUCAGUCACCUCCACUCUCUCAACAUAGUCCACAGGGAUCUGAAGCCUCGUAACAUCCUGUUGUCUCAGCCAGGGCCCCUGGGGCGGGUGAGAGCGCUGAUAUCAGACUUCGGGCUGUGUAAGAAGAUCCCUGAAGGAAGGACUAGUUUCUCUCUCCGCUCGGGGAUACCGGGGACAGAGGGGUGGAUCGCCCCGGAAGUACUGCUGGACACACCUGGAAACAACCCGACCCGUUGUGACCAGGCGGUGGAUGUGUUCUCAGCAGGCUGUGUUUUCUACUACGUUGUCAGUAGGGGGCAGCACCCGUUUGGGGAGACACUACGACGCCAAGCUAACAUCCUGACCGGGGAAUACUGCCUCUCACACUUCAUGGAAGACAUGCACGAUGACGUCAUAGCGCGGGACCUGAUAGAGCGAAUGAUCAGCAGCGAUCCAGAGUCCCGCCCCUCCACUUCCUCUAUCCUUAAACACCCAUUCUUCUGGAGCCCUGAUAAACAACUACAGUUCUUCCAGGAUGUGAGUGACCGUAUAGAGAAGGAGCCUAUAGACAGUCCCAUGGUGGUGAGGCUGGAGACGGCUGGCCGAGCUGUAGUACGAACCAACUGGAGGAUGCACAUCUCUGUUCCACUGCAGACAGACCUGAGGAAGUUCAGGACCUAUAAAGGGAACUCAGUCAGAGACCUGCUCAGAGCCAUGAGGAAUAAGAAGCACCACUACCAUGAGUUGCCAGCGGAGGUCCAGGAGACGUUAGGAGAGGUUCCGGAGGGCUUUGUUAGUUACUUCACCUCCCGGUUCCCACGGUUACUGCUACACACCCACACCGCACUCAGCACCUGUUCACAUGAGAGACUUUUCCACCCCUACUACCUACCCCCACCGCGAAAGGUCGCUGGUUCAAAUCCCCCAGCCGACUAAGUGAAAAAUAUGUCAAUGUGCCCUUGAGCAAGGCACUUCAUUGCUCCUGUAAAUCACACUGGAUAAGCGCAUCUGCUAAAUGACUACAAUGUCAAAAUGUAUUUACACUUCCUGUAGUAGAGCCAAAAUGGCUGCUUCAUGAAUAUUCAGAGAGAGAGACCGCUGAAUGGCUGCUUCAUGAAUAUUCAGAGAGAGAGACUGCUGAAUGGCUGCUUCAUGAAUAGCCAAAGAGAGACUGUUGAAUGACUGCUUCAUGAAUAUUCAAAGAGAGUCUGUUGAAUGGCUGCUUCAUGAAUAUUCAGAGAGAGAGACUGCUGAAUGACUGCUUCAUGAAUAUUCAGAGAGAGUCUGUUGAAUGGCUGCUUCAUGAAUAGCCAAAGAGAGACUGUUGAAUGACUGCUUCAUGAAUAUUCAAAGAGAGUCUGUUGAAUGGCUGCUUCAUGAAUAUUCAGAGAGAGACUGCUGAAUGGCUGCUUCAUGAAUAUUCAGAGAGAGAGACUGCUGAAUGACUGCUUCAUGAAUAUUCAGAGAGAGAGACUGCUGAAUGACUGCUUCAUGAAUAGCCAAAGAGAGACUGUUGAAUGGCUGCUUCAUGAAUAGCCAAAGAGAGACUGCUGAAUGGCUGCUUCAUGAAUAUUCAGAGAGAGAGACUGCUGAAUGACUGCUUCAUGAAUAUUCAGAGAGAGAGACUGCUGAAUGACUGCUUCAUGAAUAGCCAAAGAGAGACUGUUGAAUGGCUGCUUCAUGAAUAUUCAGAGAGAGAGACUGCUGAAUGACUGCUUCAUGAAUAGCCAAAGAGAGACUGUUGAAUGACUGCUUCAUGAAUAUUCAGAGAGAGAGACUGUUGAAUGACUGCUUCGUGAAUAGCCAAAGCGAGACUGUUGAAUGGCUGCUUCAUGAAUAUUCAGAGAGAGAGACUGCUGAAUGACUGCUUCAUGAAUAGCCAAAGCGAGACUGUUGAAUGACUGCUUCGUGAAUAGCCAAAGCGAGACUGUUGAAUGGCUGCUUCAUGAAUAUUCAGAGAGAGAGACUGCUGAAUGACUGCUUCAUGAAUAUUCAGAGAGAGAGACUGCUGAAUGACUGCUUCAUGAAUAUUCAGAGAGAGAGACUGUUGAAUGACUGCUUCAUGAAUAGCCAAAGAGAGACUGUUGAAUGACUGCUUCAUGAAUAUUCAGAGAGAGAGACUGCUGAAUGACUGCUUCAUGAAUAGCCAAAGAGAGACUGUUGAAUGACUGCUUCAUGAAUAGCCAAAGAGAGACUGUUGAAUGACUGCUUCAUGAAUAUUCAGAGUGAGAGACUGUUGAAUGACUGCUUCAUGAAUAUUCAGAAAGAGAGACUGCUGAAUGACUGCUUCAUGAAUAUUCAGAUAGUCUGGCACACUCCAAGACAACAUCUUUUUAACUGCUGUAAAUGUUUUACUCAUGACUUACAAGAUGAACUGAUUUUAACUUUCACCUGCUCUGAUAGGGUAGUUUUAAUGCACUCCUCUGAUAGGGUAGUUUUAAUACAUAAAUUAAAAACUGGGGAUCAUAAACGAGGUCAUCCCUUCAUCCUGGUGACACAAUUUUAAGAAUCUGAAUACUAUUUCAGUUGCAAUUUGAAUUCUACGGUUCUAGACAGGUUGGAGGAGGAGCCAAACCGAACGAUGGAAAGACGAGACAAAUGGUUUCCACGGAGACGUUUUUUUUCGACGCCAUUUGAGAUGCUCACAAACUGAUGACCUGUCGGAAUGUGUUUAUGAAGAGUUUUUGGUUACCGGUAAUGGAUUGGUGAAAUCUGAACCCCUUGUUCUCCAUGGUUGUGCACUAAACAAUAGGGGGGGGGGAAGAGUAGUGCACUGCAUUAUGAAGGGGAUAGGGUGGAACACCACUGGGAUAUUUUUAAGAAGAAUACUAUUUUGUUACUGAUACAGUUCUGGUUUUAUACAGUACCCUGUAUAGCACAUUGAAGGGCUACAAUAAUCUAAUUAUUAAUUGAUAUGAUAAAUUAUUGAUUCAUCCCAGCCUGUGAGACUGCUCUGUUUUCUACACAGAUACAGACCUUUGAGGGAAAACUUUUAUACUUUUGAUUUUUUUUUGAAUAAAUAAAUUGAAAAUAAAUAAAUAAACAUGAAUGCUUUGAGUGGAACAGCUUGAGGUGAACUAAA